UUAAAAAGUGUAUCACUUAAGUACCUACCCAUCUAUUUAAUUUUGAUUCUAAUUACUUAUUGACUUGAAAGUCGUAAUUUAUUGUCAUAAGUCAAACACUUAAUAAGUACAACAGUAUACUUCAAAAUUUUUUUAAAAAUGUUUAAACUGUCCAGACGUUCAAUCGGUGUUUUGAUGCGCUUAAGUGGCGGUCCAAACUUAACGUGGGUGGAAAAUGGACGAACUCCUAAAGAAAAGUAUCUGCACGAUUUUACAUACCAUGGACAGGAACUGUCGGUCACUGAAGCGAAAAAUGUCUUAUUCCAGCAUUUGGACAACAACGGAUCUGUGGACCUGGAAAAGGAUGCUAAUGGCAUGGCGAAAAUACGCUUAAAUAAUCCUCGUUUCAAGAACGCUGUAAAUGUAAAAAUGAUGUUGGACCUAGACGAGAUUACAGAGAAAUUGUCCCAGUGGACCGACUGCAAAGGAGCAAUUAUAUAUGGCGCUGAUGGAAAUUUCUGUUCCGGGGGAGAUUUGAAAGUGGCGAAAAAAAUGAACAACGCGUUUUACGGAUAUGCGAUGUCCGUUUACGUUGGUCAUAUUCUUGACAAAUUCAAAAAGCUUCCCAUUAUUACUGUUGCAUAUAUCGACGGCGCGGGUGCAAUUGGCGGAGGUGCGGAAAUAACAACGGCGUGCGACUACAGGCUAAUAUGCAACGCUGUCGAUACCACGGCCAUAGGGUUCGUUCACUCGAGAAUGGGCAUAGUGCCUGCGUGGGGUGCCACUGGACGGUUGACGUCGAUCAUAGGCACCCGGAAAACGUUGAAAAUUUUACUGGAAUCACGAAUGUUGGGCGCAGCCGAGGCAAUGGAGUUGGGUCUGGUGGACGGAGUGGUGGCCACGUUGAUGGACGCCGAAGCGUGGUUGUCCCGUAAGGUCAAACCAGACGUGAACAUUAUUCGGACCAUCAAGCGUACGGUACAAUGCUACGAAAAUUUGCAAGAAACUACACGAAUGCUAGAGAGCAAGAUAUUCGCGCCGCUCUGGGGUGGACCCGUCAACCAAACUGCGAUCGAACGGCAUAUGAAACACAAAAAUAAAUGAAACCUGCGGCGUGGAGAACUCGACAUUAUUCAGGGGCUAGUCUAAUAUUCCAUUCAACCAGCUAUUUGUCAAAAACUAGAUAAAAGUAUUUACUGAUAUAUUUUAAACUAUUUAGUUUAAAAUAUUAGGUAAUACUAAAUUAUUAUCAAUUACUUACCUCAUCCACUAGCCACUCCUUAAAAAUUCAGACUGUCACUUGUCAUAGGGUUACCAAACCGUCCUCACCCUUUUCGCCACCGCACUAGAUAUUUUUUUAUAUUAUUUAUAAAGGCAUUUAAAAAACGAAAUAUAACGAAUUUAUAUUAGUAGUUAUUAGUUUGUUAUAGGUAACAAACUAACCGUU